UUACUCUGGGCAUGCUCACAUCCAGAAUAUCCAAGGACGUGGUGAUCCUGCUCACACGCAUGGGCAAUAGGAUUGAUGGAACUAAAUUAGUAAAUAACGUUAUCUAAAGAUCGGGGCUCACCAAGCUUCAUGCGUGCAGUAGGCUAUUUAUUUAUGCAGUUUGGGGAAGAUCAACUAAUCCGUAACUUUCAUCAAAUAAUAAAUGUCAAGUAAUCUCAACGACCAUGCAACCUGUUCAGUCUGAGUCUCCAUGGACAUUUAUAUGUUUAGCAAGCUUGACAGACAGACUGCUUUAUCAACGGACAUUGGGGCCAGCAUACUAGGGGAGCAAAGUUAAAGUUCAGGUCAGGUUGGAGAGGUCUGUCUUGUUGCGCACCACAUCAAGGCCCACAUCGGAGGAGACUGCAGUGGUUCUGCUAAGGUUCAACGAAAAUGCUCGCUGUUUGGAUAUCCCUCCUUCUCUUCUGUCCAGCCAUCGUGAGGACAGGAAAUGUGCUGGUUGUCCCAGUCGAGGGGAGUCACUGGGUGAACAUGAAAAUCAUUGUUGAAGAGCUUCAUUCAAGGGGCCACACUAUCUCAGUGGUGCGAACAAUAGACAGCUGGUAUAUCAAGGAACACUCCCCCUUCUAUACUGCUAUUACCGUCAAAUCUGAGAGUGGCUUUGAUGAGGGCUUCAUCACUGAGUUAAUUGCGAAGCUUCUGGAGAUCCAGAGGAACGGAAGGUCUCCCUGGGCACGUUUCAAACUGGAGAUGGAGCAAAUGGAGGCAGCCUCUGUGAUGCACAUAAAGGGCGCCGAAUUGGUUGAGCGUAUGUUUGAGGACAAGCAGUUGAUAAAGUCUCUAAAGGAUGCCAAAUUCGACAUGGUUCUGACAGAUCCCGUCAUACUAGCUGGUGUCAUGCUUGCCCGCCACUUAGAUCUGCCUUUAGUUUUCAAUGUGAGAUGGACGACUCACGGCGAAGGCCAUUUUUCGAUCGCUCCUUCUCCUCUUUCUUACGUUCCAGUGCCAGGGCUAGAGCUAUCCGAUAAGAUGAGCUUCAGCGAAAGAGUUUUGAACAUAUGUGUUUACUGCUUCACAAAAUUUCAUUUAUCCCAGUAUGUCGUUCCACACUAUGAGGGGCUGAUGCAAAAAUACUUCAGCCAAGAUUCCUUUAUGAGCCUGUUUCAAAGAGCUGAUCUGUGGCUCAUGAGAAUAGAUUUUGUGUUUGAGUUCCCUCGGCCCACCAUGCCUAACAUUAAGUACAUGGGAGGGUUUCAAUGUAAACCUGCUCAGCCUCUGCCUCCACACCUGGAGGACUUUGUCCAGAGUUCAGGAGAGCACGGAGUCAUCGUCAUGUCUCUGGGGACGCUCAUCGCAAGCCUUCCCCAAGAAAUAUCAGAGGAAAUCGCCGCCGCUUUUGCAAAACUACCUCAGAAAGUCAUCUGGAGACAUAAAGGUGAACGGCCAGCAUCCUUAGGCAACAACACAUUACUUGUCGAUUGGAUGCCACAGAAUGACCUUUUAGGACACGAAAAAACCAAACUGUUUGUGGCGCACGGAGGAACCAACGGAGUACAAGAGGCCAUCUACCACGGAGUGCCCAUCCUCGGACUCCCACUGAUCUUUGACCAACACGACAAUCUCUUUAAAAUUAAAUUCAGAGGAGGCAGCAAAAUCCUAAAUAUAUUCACUAUUGACAGGGAGAGCUUCCGACAAGGUAUCGAGGAACUCCUCCAUGAGCCCUCAUACAGGACGACCAUGGAGCGACUCUCUAGACUCAGUAGGGACCUGCCAAUGAAGCCUUUAGACUACGCCAUCUUCUGGAUAGAGUAUGUUAUACGAAACAAGGGUGCUGGUCACCUGAGGUCAGAGUCCUACAACAUGCCUUGGUACUCCUACUACUCUGUAGAUGUGAUCCUUCUUUUAUUAGGACUGCUGCUGAUUAUGAUCCUGACCUUUGUUGUGUUAGUCAAGACACUGUGCUCCUGUGUCUGUCGCAGAAUAAAACGUAAAAGGGACUAAUAAUAUCUAUAUAUAUUUGCAUAUAAGUAUUAAAUCUAUUUUCAUUCUGUUCAUUUGUGUAAGAUAUAUAGUCACUGUUUUGUUUUUUUGUUUAAAUCUUGUGUAAACCCAUAAAGGUGCUAAUCAUGCAGAUCAAGUUAAUAAUUUUAGGUCAAGGUUAUCACCUUGAUGUGGCUUACAUAUUAACAUUUUAUUGGCAUAUCUAAAAGUAUUAAGGUAAGAGGGCAUGUUGAAUGAAUUAUAAAACAUGUAACCAUGCUACAUUAGAUUCCUUCCUGUCAUGGUGUGUCGUGUUUUCCUAUUAUUAUUAU